UCAAAAAGGAAAAUUAAAAAUAAUCUCUUUGUGAUUUAGAUUCUCAAUAAAUUUUUGUAUAAAACACUUCCCAGCUAAUGUACUCGAAUAGAUAAAAAAUAUUGCGACAUGAAAUUCGAGAAAAUUUCAAAUUUAACUUGUGGAGUACUCACCUUCAAUUCAUGCUUCGAUUCAGGGAAUUUAGGAAGAGUUGAGCUUAUUAAGCAGUUAAAUGAUGGUGGGCCACCAGAUGCUGAAGACUUAUCUGUUAAUACAAAUGAUUCGAAUGGAAGUUCGAAAACGUCAGGCGCAACAAAAUCUUCCAAUGAAGGCCAAAACAUUCCGACAUAUUCUGGAGGUAAAGAGAAACGAAUUGAUGCUGAAUACAACUUGUGGACUCGUCCAGAUUGUCAUGGAACUACUUUCGAGAACUCCAAUCGUACUUGGUUUUACUUUUCGAUUCAGGGUGGAGUAAAAGAUCAAGUCAUGAAAUUCAACAUAAUGAAUCUUAAUAAACAGUCGAAGUUAUAUAGUCAAGGUAUGAAUCCAGUCGUCAAAUAUGGCUUGAACGGUAAAUGGGAACGAAUGAAGGAAAAGCCAACAUUUUACCUCACGGAUGAAAACUUUAUUCUGUCUUUUUGUCAUCGGAUCCACGAAGGUGUCGAAAAGAAUUUAACGUACUACGCUUUCACUUUUCCAUUCACUUACACAGAGCUCCAAGAGUUACUCGGUAACUAUGAUAAAAUUCAUUCAAAAAGCGAAGAUGAGUUGGCUAGUCUCUUGAACAAAACAAAUGAGAAGGUCAUAAAAGAUUCUUCAUUGGAUGAUGACAGCGCAAGUGUUGUGGAAACCUCUGUUGAAGUGCCUAAGCAAGAAUUUGUUGUUAAAAGUCAAGAACAGUCGAUAAUAGUUGAUGAAAAUACAUCCGAAUCAAUGCAGCAAUUAUCAAAUUUAGUGAAGAAAGUGAAAAUAGCAAAAAACGUUGCCACUAAUGAAUCAGCGAAUACAGCAAACAUCAGUCAAGAUGAUUGGAAUGACGAUAUUUAUUAUUAUCGUGAGCUUCUUAUCAAUUCAAUUGAGCAAAGACGAGUUGACAUUUUAACAAUCACGAGCUUCCAUGGAAUUGAAAACAAGCGUGAAGAUCGCUUGAAGAAUAUUUUUCCAGACUUUUCCAAGCCACGAUGUCAUUCCUUUAGGAAUAAAAAAAUCAUUUUCAUUUCAUCGAGAGUCCAUCCUGGAGAGACACCCGCAAGUUUCGUUCUCAACGGCUUUGUUAAUCUUCUUUUGGAACGAAAGAAUGUUGUAGCUUUAACUUUGAGGAAAAUGUAUGUGUUUAAAAUUGUUCCAUUUCUAAACCCUGACGGUGUUUAUAAUGGACUCUACCGUUCCGAUACACUUGGCCAUAAUCUAAAUCGGGUGUACAUAAAUCCUCACCUAGAUACUCAACCAUCGAUUUAUGCUGUGAGAAAGUUGAUAAGAUUCUAUCACUUUGGUUGUGACAAGCCUGACACUGUUGAUGAAAUAAGUCAGAUGAUACUUGAUGAUCCCACUCUUCCAGUCAAAGAAGAAGAAGCUAGUUGUGAUAUUAUAAAAAUUAUAAACGAAGAGUCCGUGAACAGAGAUGACAAGAAAAUUGUGACAAAUGCUGCUGAACAUGAUGAAAAGCAAAGAAAUCAAGUUAAAGAAGAUGUUGAUAUAGGAAAUCCAAAGGAUGCUAAUCAAGACACUUUAGAAUGCAAUGAAAAAACCAGAAAAUCUCAACCUGAGAAUAAACUUAAAUCAGAAUCAUCAACAAGUUUGAAUAAUUUCAAGGAGACUGCAUCAAAGUUUGCAAGAGACAAAAAAUUGUCAUUAAGAUGCGCAUCUAAAAACAAAAGUUCUCAAUCAUGGAACCCUCUUGAGCACAGUACUUACAAGCAUUACAUUCCUCAUGACAAUAGUGAUAAACAACAGAAGCAAGGCCUGAAUCAGAAGUCUAAUCGAGGAAUUAAUUUCAGUAUAGAUUUCAGAGCUCAUCCAGAUGAAAACAACGAGAAAAGUAUCAACGAAACAUCAAAUUUGUAUCUCUAUUUAGAUUUGCAUGGUCACGCAAGUAAGAAAGGUGUUUUCAUGUACGGAAAUCACAUGCCAAGCACUCAAGAGACGGUAGAAGUUAUGCUCCUUCCUCGGUUAAUGAGUAUUAAUUGUCGUCAUUUUGCGUUUGAUGCUUGUAACUUCAGUGAACGUAAUAUGUAUUUAAAGGGAAAACGUGAUGGCCUUUCGAAAGAAGGUUCAGGACGAGUAGCGGUUUACAAAUCGACGGGAUUAAUCAAAAGUUACACACUGGAAAGUAAUUACAACAUGGCCAAAUGUGUUAACAUUCUUCCUCCAAAAGGCAAAGAAGUUGCUUGCAAAGCUCACAAUAUUAACCCACCAAAAUUUACUCCAGUUAUAUUUGAAGAAGUGGGAAGAGCUUUGGGUCCAUCACUUUUAGAUUUGACGAAUAGUAAUCCAGAUAGUAGAGUGAUAAAUUCAGAGUUUCGAAGUCUUCAAGGUUUAAGAAAUUCAUUGAAAAAUGAAAUAAGUCGUGGACUAUCAAGAACAAGAGUUAGCAAAUUUGCAAAAAUCAAUAAAAAGCGCCCAGCAACAACAGCGUUGCCAACAACAUCAGCUCAAGACAUAUUCAAGGAAAAUAACAUUUCGUCUCCAUCAAUUAAGUUAAUAUCGCAUGUCAAGUCGAAACAACAUCAUGAACAAACUUCGAAAGCCAUAAAUCUAUCACAAGGAACAAAAGUUUUAGGCUCUAAAAUCAAAGGAAGUGGGAAAGUGCAAGCUUUUACUAAAAAGGAUGUCAAUGUCUUUUCAGCGUCCAAAAAGAAGAAAGUACUAUGUGAGACAUUACUAGGAAGUGCAUCAGCUCCGACAGUAAACACUGUUCUAGUUAAUCAGAUUCCACGUAAAAAGAUUAAAGUCUCAAGUGUUGGCAUUAAUAACGCAUACUUAGUCAAUAUUUUGUUUGGUGGCAUGGAUGAAACUGACCAUGGUAAUUGUUCAAGUAUUUUCCGUCGCUUUUUUCGACGUUUGAGAAAUGCUUUAUUAAAGCACUCAAGAAUACAGAAGAAACUUGUGAUAUAUCCGAAGCUUGAGCUUCCAUCUGUUGAUCUUCACUUCGAAUAUGAAAUGAAUCAUAAACAUCGUGGGAUGGCAGUAAUUUUCAAUCAUGAAGAAUUCUAUAACAAUUUUAAAAGUAAGCGAAAAGGAACUGACAAAGAUAAAGAUCGACUCAUUGAUGUAUUGCAAGAUUUGCAAUUUGAGACAAAGUCGUUCGACGAUUUACCUUUUGCAGAGAUGAAAAGAGAGUUAAAAAAGAUUUCUUUAAUGGAUCACACAGAUAACGACUGCUUGGUUGUAACUAUUCUAACUCAUGGCGAUUUCCAAUCGCUUUCAAGCUAUGACGCUGAUUACACAAUUCGACAAGUGACUUCAUUUUUUAGUGAUGAGAACUGCCCGUCCCUGAAGGGUAAACCACGUCUGUUUUUCAUUCAAGCAUGCAGAGGCAACAAACUUGAUGGUGGUUAUUUAUUAAAAAACAAUAAAGAUCGACUCUACAAUCUUCAUCGGAAUCCUUUAGAAUAUAACGACGUAAUCGACACGAAUCCUUUUAAAAACGAUGAAGAUGAGAUAAAAUAUGAAACAGAAGAGGAAGAUUUCGUUCAUAACCCGCCAAAUCACAAAGAUUUUCUCGUUGUUCGCUCAACAAUGCCUAAGUAUUUUUCAUUCAGAAACAUUAUUGAAGGUUCGUGGUUCAUUCAAGAUCUAUGCGAUGAACUCGAAGUGAAUGGAACAUCUCAUAAUAUUUUAGAUCUUCUAACACACGUUAAUAUGAAGGUUUCAGAACGAGAAACUUACUUAUGUUUGGUUGCAUCACAACAGUUGCAAAACACUUAUAAUUUAUCAUCAAGCGGUAGAUUACCAUCUGUUUAUAAUAUAAGAUGCUUUCAUCUUACAUAUGUCUGUGAUAAGUCAACAAAAGAUCCAACCAACGGAGGCAGCGACAAAGGCUCAUCAACACCUUCAAAUGGAUCUAAUUCAUCAGGAAAAGAUGGAAAGGAGCCACCGAAGAAGAAUACAUUAUCAUGUCCAAAAUGUGGUGAUCCCUGCACACAUGUCGAGACUUUUGUCAAUGCUACACGUUUCGUGAAAUGUGAAAAAUGUCAUCACUUCUUUGUGGUGCUUAGCGAAAUGGAUUCAAAGAAAACGGUAAAAGAAGAGUCUGUGAAGGGUCAACGAAAGCCUCCACCACCUCCAAAAAAGAUCAUGGAGUAUCUUGAUCGACAUGUCGUAGGACAAGAGUUGGCAAAGAAAGUGCUAUCAGUGGCUGUUUAUAAUCAUUAUAAACGAAUAUAUCACAAUUUACCACCACCAUCAUCAAUUAACAAUAAUUCGACGCAAGCUAUUGAUCCAAUGGGUAGAAGUGGAGAUUUGUUGCACAUUUCAGGCAUCGGACACACAAUGAUGAGCUCAACUCCGACUGAAGUGCCUCGUCCACCCAUGUCACCACCUCAACAGCAUCAUCCAGGCUCAGAGCUUUUGGAAGAGAAAAAUCACAUUCUUAAAUUAGAAAAAAGUAACAUUCUGAUGUUGGGCCCGACAGGGUCAGGAAAAACACUUCUCGCUCAAACCAUCGCUAAAUGUUUGGAUGUUCCGUUUGCUAUUUGUGAUUGUACAACUUUAACACAAGCUGGAUAUGUUGGCGAGGAUAUUGAAAGUGUCAUUGCUAAGCUUCUCCAAGAUGCCAAUUAUAGUGUUGAACGUGCACAAACUGGAAUUGUUUUUCUUGAUGAGGUUGACAAAAUUGGUGCUGUGCCUGGUAUUCAUCAAUUACGUGAUGUUGGAGGUGAAGGUGUUCAACAGGGAAUGCUGAAAAUGCUUGAAGGCACAAUUGUUAAUGUGCCAGAGAGAAAUUCACCAAGAAAACUGCGAGGUGACUCAGUGCAAGUUGACACGACAAAUAUUUUAUUUGUUGCAUCAGGCGCUUAUACUGGUUUAGAUCGUUUAAUUGCCCGACGUUUGAAUGAGAAAUAUUUAGGAUUUGGAAUGCCAGCGACAUCAUCAAAAGGGAGAAGAGCAGCACAAGCUAGUGCAGCUCCAAUGGACAAUGACCAAGCAGAAAGAGAUGCAAAUUUGAAGAAAGUUCAAGCUAGAGAUUUGGUGGAAUUUGGAAUGAUACCGGAAUUUGUUGGCCGUUUUCCAGUUUUAGUUCCGUUCCAUUCGUUAGACGUUGAUAUGCUUGUACGGAUAUUAACCGAACCAAAGAAUGCUUUGGUGCCGCAAUAUCGCGCUUUGUUGGGGAUGGAUCAAGUUGAGUUAUCAUUUACAUCGGAAGCACUCCAAGCUAUUGCAAAACAGGCUAUGGAACGACAAACUGGAGCGCGAGGCUUAAGAGCCAUCAUGGAAUCUUUGUUAUUGGAUCCAAUGUUUGAAGUACCAGGUUCAGAAAUAAAAAGUGUUCAUAUAACGGAAGAAUGCGUAAUGGGUAGUCCCCCAAUAUAUAUUCAUCGUUCAAAUACGACAACAUCAACUGAUCCACCAGAGACUUCACAAACUGGAUCAGAAGAAGUAGAAAACAGAAAAUAUCGCGUCAAGCAAUGAGAUUGCAUCAAUAACAGUUUACAAACAUGACAUCUAAUGGAUUUAAUUUAAAAAAAUAUAAAAUUCCAAUAAAAGUGAAACAUUUUGUUUAGAAAAUCUUAAGAUAUUCUUAUUGAUUUCCUAAGGAGAAAAAUCAAAUGUGCUACAAAUCCUGACACGAAAUUUUCAAGUUCUACUCUUUAAAACUAUUUUUAAACAAAAUGAAUUGAGAAUACAACAAAACAAAACAGGAAGAAAUUUAUUUCAUUAUGUUAAUUGUUUUUUGAAAAUUAUGACGUAUAAUAAUAUAAAAAUACAUAAUUCAUUAAUCGUUCUUAUUCACUAAUAUUUUUUUCUGUGAUUUUUUGAUUUCGAGGGACUCUGUUUGAAGAAAUUUUCGUUAAUUCUGUUAUGAUUAUUUUAAUGAUUCAUUUACUUGAUGAUGCUGAAAGAAAUGACUAAUAAGUGAAUAAAUAGAUAAGGAAUGAAAACAAAUUUGAGUAUUAAUCAUUAUACAAAAUGUAAAUUUUUAUUAUUUUAGAUACGUGACUUAAACAUUUUAAAUACAUAAAAAAUUAUCACCGAGCAAUAAAAAAAACGCAAUAACAGCUCAAUGUAAAAUAAGUGGAUAUACAGUGAUUUACAUCAAGUUCUAUUUAUUAUUUGCAGGCGAUUUUAAUCCAUGCAAAUUUUGUUUUUCUUCUUGAAACCAAUCAGAAAAUUUAUUAAGGCCCAUCUUGUAUGUAGUUUCACCUUUCUCAUAUUUCAUAUUAUGUUCCUCAAUUAACUUCAAGUUUUCCUUGAAUAUUUCAAAUCUCUUUGCAUCUUCCUCGUCGCUGUAAUUUUUUCCAUGUUCAGACUUAAAUGCUUUCCAUUGCUCAACUGGCAUCUUGUCAAUAUUUUUUUAAAACACAGAAAUUGAAUUAAUAUUUGUAGAAAGAGAUCCUUACGUGUUUACACGUCUCCAGCAGAUGAUUGAAAACAAAAAUAUGAAUCGUAUGUUAUUCCUAUUUUUACUUCUUCUUUGUUUGGAUUCAUUUUCG